AUGACGACCAAUACCCCCCUCUCGCGCCUGGCCUAUGCGCCAACUGUGGCUUCGUCGCCAAUCAAGCCGAUCCUGAGAAAACCAACAGCAUCCGUACUGGGCACACGAUCCCGCGCCGACGAUUCAGAUGGAGCCGAUGAGGAGGAGCACCCUAUGAAAAGGCAGAAGAAGACGGUCGUUUUCAAUGAGAACUUGAAUAUGGUUAGGGAGAUCAGCGGCAAGAGCUUUGAAGACGCCAAGCGUGAGGUCAGACAGGCCCUCGAGGGCAAGGCCCGCGGUGACGAACAAGACUACGACAACCUCAAGGACCUGUUUGCGCCGAGCAACAGGAACAGCAGUCCCGACGAGGAUGAGGAGGAUCCGAGGCACCAGGAGCUGCUGGGUUACGUAGUCGCCUUGACUGGCUAUGUACCGAUGCUUGGGCGUUCAUGCACGGGUCUUGUUCGAAGUGUUCUUCGGUGCUCUUGGCUGGAUAGGGACGAGAACUUCGCCAAGGCCUAUAUUCAGCUGCUGGCUGCGCUUUCGUCGGUGCAAGCGUCGUUUUUCGCCGAGAUUCUCAGGAUGAUGGUUGAAAAGUUCGUCGAGACGAAGAGUUCCUCGGCUGUGCCUGGAUUCCCACCUGUUGACUUGGAGACGAGGAAGAAGCGGCUGCAUGUUGGAAUCAAGUACUUGCUGGAUCUGUUUCCGGCGGGGUCCAAGAUGAUUAUCAAGCUUGUUACCUCCAAGUUUCCCUACACAGAUGAGCCUAAGGCGGUCCACAUGUCGUACAUCGAUCAUCUUCUGCGACUCAAGACCUCCCGCCCUGAUCUGGAACGAGAUAUCAUGGAGCUCAUCCUCGCGCAGCUGGUGAAGCUUGAUGUGGAGAUGACACUCGAUCUCGAAAACGAUGAAGAUGAUACCACGAGGGCGGUAAUGCGAUCAAUCCAGACUGAUGCCAAGGAUGACCAGGAGGAUGACGAAAGCGACGACGAGUCGGUAAUGAGCGAUGACGAUGAUCUGCCCGAGGAGACAAAGCGGGUGAUAAAAAUCAAGAACAAGCUGGAGACACUAGAUGCGAUCAUGGACCUUGUGUUUUCCAUCUACGAUCCCAUCUUUGAGAAACCGGACAGCGACGAGGCUGUGGCGUGUUUCGAGAAUCUUUUGAGCGAUUUCAAGAAUGUCAUUCUGCCGCAUCUCAAAUCCCGCCAUACGCAGUACUUGCUGUUCAAGUUUGCCAUGAAGUCUGAUCAACUCAUGGAGAUGUUUCUUGGCCUGCUACUCUCUGUUGCAUUCUCCUCCACCGAGGCGCCAGUCAUCAAACAGGCUGCGGCAGCGUAUCUCGCAAGCUUUACUGCUCGUGGUGCCAGAGUUCAGAGCCACACUGUGCAGUUGAUUGUGUCUUGUCUUUUGGACUACAUUGACUACUAUCGGGAGACGCACAGGCACUGUCGUGGGCUGCUCUACAUCUUUUGCUUCCGGUGGAGAGAUCUCCUCGACCAGGGUGCACUCCCAGACAACGUUGACUGGGACGAUCCGGCGUCGUUCCUCGGACAAGAUCUGCCCUGGAUGCCAGAUCUCAAAAAGAGAAUGCACGCCAAUAUUGCCAGCAAGCUCAAUCCCCUCAAAUGCUGCUCCCCCGUCAUCGUCGAAGAAUUCGCCCAACUUGCUCACCACCUUGGGCUGAUGUACAUCUACCCCCAAAUCGAAAAAAACAAGAGCAUUCACCUCUCGCAGUUUUACACUGGGAGUUAUGCCCAAGGCGGCGCGCUGAGGGACACGGGGUUUGAGUUUGAUAAUGAGAAGUGGACGCAUUUGGAGGCUUGUUUCCCGUUUGAUCCGUUUCAGCUGCCCAUCGCGAGAAGGUGGUUAGAUCUGGAGAAUAACUAUGUUACUUGGUCGCCGAUUAGUGUGUUGAGGAAGCCGGGGGCGGAGGCUACUGAUGAGGAUGAAGAGGAGGAGGAUAGUGAUGAGGAGGGGAGUGAGGAGGAGAGUGAGAUGGGGGAGGAGGAGUUGGAGGAUAGGGAGGAGUUGUUUGAGGAGGAUACGGCUACUGAUGAUGAGAGGGCGGAUUAA